AUGUGUUCCCAGACCAUUUCCUUCACACCUUGUGCCCUCAAAUCUCUCAGCACUUCAACCGACGUCUCAGUCCGCUUCUCCCCAUCACAAGUCACCGAGUACACACCACUUCCCUCCCUGCCAUCACUUCCCUCCGCAAUACCCACAUCUCCCCUCACCACACCCCUCGCGCUCCCCACGCGCGGCUCAUACCUCCCACUCGUCGCCAGUACUCAGAACCCAAUCAAUCGCCCCCUCGGCAUUCUUGUACAAAUUCGUCUCCACUGA